AUGGGUAGUAUGCCAAAUCUGUCCAUGCCAACAUCUGUGUCUACGAUCACACCGUUAGCUCCCAUGCCUCUGACCUCCAUGACUUCCAUUCCCCCUCUGGUUAUCGCUGCUCCCCUGGUGCCUUCUGUCAGUACCUCCUCGUUGCCAAACGGAACAGCCAGCCUUCUGCAGCCUUUGUCUGUACCGUUCUCUUCGACGCUGCCUCAUACUGGUUCUUUAGGUCCCAUGACAGGAGGGUUUGGUGGUACUAGUAUGCAGAAGGCACAAUCACUGAUCGAUUUAGGAUCUAGCAGUUCAAAUUCUUCCUCUAGUGCUUCACUAGCUGGGAAUUCACCAAAGAUUGUAUCCACAGACUGGGCAGUUCCUCAGGCCUCCAGAUUAAAAUACAGACAGAAAUUUAACAGUCUUGACAAAAGUAUGAGUGGAUAUUUAUCAGGAUUUCAAGCAAGGAAUGCCCUUCUCCAAUCAAACCUUUCACAGACUCAGCUGGCUACAAUUUGGUCGUUGGCCGAUAUAGAUGGAGAUGGGCAGCUGAAAGCUGACGAGUUUGUGUUAGCCAUGCACCUAACUGAUAUGGCCAAAGCCGGACAGCCUCUGCCACUCACUCUGCCUCUUGAACUGGUGCCACCUUCUUUCAGGAGUGGAAAAUGUACUGAAAAUAUUAAUGGAACUCUGCCAUCUUAUCAGCCUGUGCAAGAGGAGGAGCCACAGAAAAAACAGCCAGUGACAUUUGAGGACAAAAGGAAAGCCAACUAUGAGAGGGGAAAUAUGGAGCUGGAAAAACGCCGUCAGGUCCUGUUGGAGCAGCAGCAGCGAGAGGCUGAACGGAAGGCUCAGAAAGAAAGAGAAGAACAAGAGCGAAGAGAGAGAGAACGUCAGGAACAGGAGCGGAAAAGACAACUUGAGAUGGAAAGGCAGCUGGAGAGACAGCGAGAGUUGGAAAGACAAAGGGAAGAAGAAAGGAGGAAAGAAAUAGAAAGACGGGAGGCAGCAAAGCAAGAACUUGAGCGUCAGCGACGGUUGGAAUGGGAGAGGAUUCGUCGCCAAGAACUUCUUAACCAACGUAACAGGGAGCAAGAAGAAAUUGUCAAGUUGACCUCCAAAAAGAAGAGCCUUAAUCUUGAAUUAGAAGCCCUGACGGACAAACAUCAGCAAAUCUCAGGCAGAUUGCAAGAUAUUCGAAGCAAAAAGCAAAUUCGAAAAAACGAACUGGAAGCUUUAGAUAGGAAGUAUGACCAAGCAAUUAUGGAAGUCAAGCAACUACAGCAACAGCUUCAGGAGCAUCAGAAUAAACUGAUCUAUUUAGUUCCUGAAAAGCAGUUGUUAAGUGAAAGAAUUAAAAACGCUGAACUUGAAAACACUCAGAGUCCGGGAAUCAGCUCAGUGCACAAGAGGUCCCUAGAAAAAGAAGAAUUAUGCCAAAGACUUAAGGAACAAUUAGAUGCCCUGGAGAAAGAAACUGCUUCUAAACUUGCUGAAAUGGAUGCAUUUAACAGUCAGCUUAAGCGUGAGAAUAUGGAUGAUUCUGUCCUUCAGUGCCUUUUGUCUCUGCUAAGCUGUCUCAACAACCUCUUCCUCUUACUUAAGGACCUGAGAGAAAGUUACAGUACGCAGCAGUUAGCUUUGGAACAGCUCCACAGGAUCAAACAGGACAAAAUAAGAGAGGUAGAAAAAAGAAGAGCUGAACUUGCACAGAAGAAGCGCCUGGAAGAUGAGGCUGCAAGAAAAGCAAAAAGGGAGAAGGAGAGCCGAUGGCAGGAAAAUAUCCGAAGGGAAGAGGAAGAGAAAAAGAAACGACUGGAGGAAGAACGAAUGCAGGAAAAAGUUCAAGAAAAGCUGAAAGCUGAAGAAGCUCUGAUGAGAGAAAGGGAAAACAAACAACAGCUUCAUGCAGAGGAGGAGAAAAUUAGGCCAGCCAUGAUAUUGAGGGAGACAGAACAACAAAGGCAGAGGCAACUGGAAGAAGAUAAAAGAAAGCAAGAACAAAUUGCAAGAGAAGCUGAAGAGAGGCAUAAGCAGAAUGAAGAAAUAAAGAAGUUAAAAGAAGCGACCAAUUCUCAAGAGGUGGAGAAACACACUUCCAUAUUAAACAUAAAUGAGAAGCUUGCAGAUCUGUUGAAACCAACAGAGGGUAAAAGUCUUAAGCCACCCUGGAAAAAUGAAGGUAAUCUUAGUCUUGCAGAGUCUAGGAAUUCAGUUGCCUUGGUAAAUUACAGAGCUUUAUAUCCAUUUGAAGCAAGGAAUCAUGAUGAGAUGAGCUUUAAUACCGGGGAUAUAAUUCAG